CCACCACCCUCUGGUGGAAUGGCCCCCGAUGGUUGAUAGAAUCUCCUGAUUCUUGGCCACAAUCCCCCAUGCGCAACAUUAUCGCACCAGAAGGUCGAAAAAUCGCCACCUUUCACACAUUAUUGGAUGAUGCCGACAUCCUUGAACGAUUUUCAUCGUUUCCAAAAGCUCUCAGAGUAGUUGCUUAUAUGUUCAAAUUUAUCGAGCAACUCAAAAGCAAAGUAAAAGGAUCACAUAAUUUCCCAUGCAACACAGUGACGCACCUAGAGUUACAAAAGGCAAAGGUCGCACUAAUAGCAUAUACACAAGCGCGCUACUUCAGCCGCGAUAUAUCACUACUAAGAGAAUCGAAGCCGAUUGAUAAAAAGAGCUCACUCUUAGUCCUCAACCCAUUUCUGGACACGAAAGGUCUGCUUCGUGCCAAUGGUCGGCUUGCUAAUUCGAGCCUGACAUACAAUGAACGCCACCCCAUAAUAAUUCCAGAGAGGUCACCAUUUGCCACAUUAUUCCUCCAUUACAUCCACAUCUUAAUGCUACACGCCGAACAUCGUCUCAUGCAACAGAUGGUACGCCAGGAGUAUUAUAUCCCCCGUCUUAAGCCGCAAAUCAAGAAGUGCAUCUUCACGUGCAAGAUUUGCACUAUGCACAAGCAGAAGAUGCGAACGCAGAUUAUGGCAGCACUUCCACCGGAACGCUGCAAUUUCGCUCUGCCUUUCACCACAACAGGUGUUGAUUUUGCUGGGCCUUUCCAGGUAAAGGCGUCCAUGUUAAGGUCUCCCACUCUCAUGAAAGGCUAUGUGGCUGUCUUUGUAUGUUUCACGACAAAGGCAGUACACCUUGAGCUAUGUAGUAAUCUGACGACGGAGGCUUUUCUCGCGGCAUUUGCUCGCUUCGUCGCUCGACGUGGCUACCCAUCAAAAAUCAUGAGCGAUAAUGGCAAAACCUUUAUCGGAGCUCAACGAGCCACAGAAAAGCAAUUUGUGGAUUUUUUAAAACAAGUGUCACCCGACAUCGUACAAAAGUACGCCCCUCAAGGUAUCAAUUGGCAAUUUAUACCCCCAAGCGCUCCUCAUAUGGGCGGUUUAUGGGAAUCAGCUGUAAAAAGCUUUAAAUCCCAUUUCAAACGGGUAGCUGGAAAUUAUAAAUUCAAUUACGAAGAGUUCACGACGUUAUUAAAUCGAAUUGAAGCCGUUCUCAAUUCACGGCCACUCACAGUACUAUCGCAAGACCCCUCAGAUUUCACCGCCUUAACGCCAGGGCAUUUUCUAAAAGGAGCACCCAUCCUGGCCAUUCCUGAGCCAGGCGUGGAGUCGCUAUCUCUAUUAAAUCGAUGGGAACGAAUUAAAAUUCUCCAUCAUGAUUUCAGCCGCCGUUGGAAAGACGAAUACAUAAAGGAUCUCCACAAAAGAUACCGCUGGAAGACUCCUCAACAAGCGCCUAAACUUGGAGACUGUGUCCUCAUUCACGACGAUUGUCUACCCCCCACCGAGUGGCGGCUUGGCCGCAUAGAAAAGCUACAUUACGGCUCCGACGGUCACAUACGAAUCGUUGAUCUCCGUACGCAAAACGGAACGCUAACCAGACCGCUCGCUCGUGAAGCUAUGAACCAAAUAAUAUCGCGAUAUAAUAAAAUCACUAAAUUAAAUACGAAAACGAAAAAUACGCAAAUACAAAACAUUACCAUGGAUGUAGAUACGCCAGUUGCAAAUACGUCAGCCGCUCGGGCGGCAACCAAUGUGCCACGCAACGGGCCUGCACCAGCGCCCCGAACGGUAGUUGCAACAGCACCGGCUUCGGCUCCGGCAACCACGCCAGCAACUGCCCCGGCAACAACGCCGGUAUCUGUACCGGUAACCGUGCCUGCAGCGGUACCUGCACCCGCGCCUCGUGGUGGCACCCGACCACCACCGAUUACAUCGAGGACUCCGGAGAUCCGUCAGAUAAGGUGCCCCAUCUGUCGACGCCCCCACCGGCUGCACCAUUGCGGCAUAUUUCGGGGUAUGCGACCCGUGCAACGGCAGCAAGUUGCCCAGGCCCACGGGCAUUGCCAUAACUGCCUGUCACAUACACAUGUGACUGCAGCGUGUGAGUCACGCGGGCUGUGCCAAAUAUGCCACAGGCCGCAUCACACGCUGCUACAUCGCAGCGCCACCACCUCGUCGGUCACUGGGCUGAGCACGCGAGGCCUUUUGCUAAAAUAG